AUGUCGUAUGCACCUCCCACAGGGCCACCUCCGCCUCGCGUUCCCGAAGGCUGGAAGGCGGUCUUCAACAACGAGUACAAAGAAUGGUUCUUCGUAAAUCUCUACACCAAACAAUCUACAUGGGAUAAACCUACCGAACCUGCGCGUGGAGGCGACGGUGAUGCCCCUCCCGGCGGUGCCCCUCCGUCAUACUCAGCCGGGUCCGGCAACCCCAACGUUUCCGACAACAAGCACCCUUACACCCAAGGAGGUCCAGGUGAGACCGAUGAACAAUUGGCCAGGCGCCUCCAAGCUGAAGAAGAUGCGCGUCUAGGCGGUACUACAGAUCGUGGCGAAUCCGAUUCCUAUUACGGUUCCGGUGGUGGUGGUGCCAACCCCUCUACCCUCCAAACCGGCUACGCAGGCGGUCAAUCAGGCGCACCUGUCUCUCCACGACCAGUCAGUGCUGGCAGCGCAACCAAGAACCGUGGCUUCUUCUCAAAGAUCUCGAACAAGCUCGGCGGUGGCUCUUCAGGCUAUCCACAACAAGGUGGCUAUCCACAACAGCCAGCUGGGUAUGGCUAUGGCCAACAACAAGGAGGAUACGGCGGUGGCUAUGGUGGCUAUCCCCAACAACAAGGCUAUGGCGGUUACGGUGGUCAACCACAAUAUGUGCAACAACAAGCUCCAAAGAGAUCUGGUAUGGGAGGUAUGGGUGGUGCAGCCCUAGGUCUUGGUGGUGGUCUACUUGGCGGUAUGUUACUUGAAGAUGCGAUCGAUGCCGGUGACGGUGGCGGUGGCGAUGGCGGCGGUGACGGCGGUGGUGACUACGGUGGUGGUGAUGGUGGUGAUGGCGGCGGCGGUGACUUCUAAGCACAAUGCCUGCCAUGUUAAUGAUUCGAGGUGUGCAUGAAGCGACGAAACGAGAUGAGAGUUGAUGGCUGAAGCAGAAGCUAUGGGCGACGCUUUCACAGCAGCUCACCAACAUGAGAUGCGCUGAAUCGGGGCUCUCGACCACAAGCAUACGAGAUCCUGUUACCGUCUAUUGAAUAUCUGCAUCCAAGGACCUUCUACCAUCCGCCGAGCAGUGUACCCUGAUUUUCAUAUUGGGAAAUGCUCUAAUAGGCAAAUGGUUUGUUCU